AUGGAUAUACUACCUUCAGCGAACGAUAUAAUUUUUGCAUCGUCUCAGUAUGGUUCUAUGGCCAUGUUUCUCAAAAGAUAUAUAAUAGACAUAAAAGCUGAAUUAGAAAAACGUUCAAAAAAAUAUUCGGAAACCUUGUCUCAAAGAUAUUUAAGAGAUGAAAAUUUUGAAAAAAUAUUGAAAUUAUGGCGUUUUGAGAUGGAUCAAUAUUUUACUGAACUUGAAUUUUAUUGGAGAGCAAUCAUACUCAGAACAUUCUUCUAUCCCAGUAACUAUCUACAUAUUUUAAGAUCACCUCUAAAAAUAGAUAAACGAUAUAACAAAAUUCAAAUACACAAUAUUACAUUUCCAAUGCGAAAUGAAGAAUAUCAAUUAUCUUCUAUGUUGCAUGAAAUGAGAAAGAAAUUAAAACCAAGAUGUACAGGUAGAUAUUUAAUCAAACAUACUAUAUGUGGAAAUGGAAACAAUUGA